AUGGCUCUUCAUUGUGAUGGGUCUUUGUUGGCGGAUACGGCUUCUUAUGGAGGUCUCAUUCGGAAUACUAUUGGUGAUCCAAUCUUGGCUUUUGCUGGAAAAAGGGAGGAUGCUUCGGUCCUUAGUAUGGAGCUUCUAGCUAUUCUUAGAGGGGUCUCCUUGUGCCUUGAAAAAGAUCUUCUAAAUGUGUCUAUCAGGUCUAACUCUAAAUUGGCAGUGGAUAUUCUAAAUGGUAAAAUCAUAUGCCCUUGGAGUGUACAGGUUUUAAAAAGUCGGAUUAUUUCUCUCUUCGACCAGUUGCAUCGCAAAGAAAUUCAGCAUGCAUGGAGAGAAGUGAAUCAACCUGCUGACUAUGUUGCGGCCAUUGAUGUUGGGAAUGGGGAAUCAAUCCUCUACCCUUUAGAUUUGCCAAGGGAGUUGUUGGAUUUGAUCUGA